AUGGCGAACCUAUACUUCACGCACUCGAGUGCGCCGAUUAAGACGGUGGAGGAGAUCCAGUUCGGACUCAUGGCUCCUGAAGAGAUCAAAAACAUGAGUGUUUGCCAUGUUCUCUACCCCGAGACCAUGGAUGAGACGCGGACGAAGCCGCGCGACGGUGGACUGAACGAUCCCCUUCUCGGCUCCAUCGACCGGCAAUUUAAGUGCAAGACCUGUACGCAGGCCAUGGGCGAAUGUCCUGGUCACUUCGGCCACAUUGAACUGGCGAAGCCCGUCUACCACCCUGGCUUUAUUAAGAAAGUCAAGAAGGUGUUAGAAAUUGUCUGCCAUAAUUGCAGCAAGGUUUUGGCCGAUAGAAGCGACCCUGAAUUUCUCCAAGCAGUAAACACGAGAGACCCGAAGGUUCGCUUCAACCGUGUGUGGAACAUUUGCAAAAAGAAGACUCGUUGCGAGAACGAGACUAAAGAAGUUAAGAACGAUGACGGAGAAUACUCUCUGGGUUUGAAGCAAGCUCCCGUUAACCACGGCGGCUGUGGCAACAUUCAACCCAGAGUCCGACACAAGGCUCUACAGCUUGUCGCCAAGUACGAGGCCUCGGGCGAAGACGGCGUUAAAAAGAAGGAAGAGCCUCAGAUCACACCCGAGAUGGCACACAACAUCCUUCGCCGGAUUAGCGACGAUGACUUGAGAGACAUGGGUCUUAAUCUUGAGUAUGCCCGCCCAGAGUGGAUGAUCGUUACUGUUCUUCCGGUUCCCCCUCCUCCCGUUCGACCCAGUAUUUCUAUGGACGGCACCGGGCAGGGCCUAAGAAACGAAGAUGACUUGACGUACAAGCUGGGUGAUAUCAUUCGAGCCAACAGCAACGUCAAGCAGGCCAUUCGUGAGGGCUCUCCUGCCCACAUUGCUCAAGAUUUUGAGCAACUCCUUCAGUAUCAUGUUGCCACCUAUAUGGACAAUGAUAUUGCUGGCCAACCUCGCGCCUUGCAAAAGAGUGGCCGUCCAGUCAAGGCCAUUCGUGCCCGUCUUAAGGGUAAGGAAGGUCGUCUUCGUGGAAACUUGAUGGGUAAGCGUGUCGACUUUUCGGCACGUACUGUCAUUACCGGUGAUGCCAACCUUUCUCUUGAUGAAGUUGGUGUACCUCGAAGUAUUGCAAGGACCCUUACCUAUCCCGAAACUGUAACUCCUUACAACAUCGGAAGGCUUCACGAGCUGGUACAAAACGGCCCUAAUGAACACCCUGGUGCCAAGUAUGUCAUUCGUUCGGAUGGUACCAGAAUUGAUCUUCGUCACCACCGCCGAGCCGGGCAAAUCUCGCUCGAGUACGGCUGGAAAGUCGAGCGUCACCUGAUCACCGGCGAUUACAUUAUUUUCAAUCGUCAGCCCUCUUUGCAUAAGGAGUCUAUGAUGGGUCACAGAGUCCGCGUCAUGCCCUACUCUACCUUCCGUCUUAACCUAUCAGUCACGUCGCCAUACAACGCCGAUUUCGACGGUGACGAGAUGAACCUUCACGUUCCCCAAAGCGAAGAGACAAGAGCUGAAGUCAAGGAGCUUUGCCUGGUACCUAUCAACAUUGUCUCCCCGCAAAGAAACGGUCCUCUGAUGGGUAUCGUGCAAGAUACACUUGCCGGUGCCUACAAGCUCUGCCGUCGUGAUGUGUUCCUUACCAAGGAGCAAGUUAUGAAUAUUAUGCUUUGGGUUCCCAACUGGGAUGGUCUCAUUCCGCCUCCGGCUAUCGUGCGCCCAAGGCCGAGAUGGACGGGUAAACAAAUCAUGAGCAUGGCGAUCCCCAACAUUGUCAGCUUGCACAACUCCCCGGAUUCGAAGGAGGACAACCCCCUUAAGGAUGAGGGUCUUCUUAUCCAAUCCGGUGAGCUGUUGUAUGGACUGCUCUCCAAGAAGAAUAUCGGUGCCGCUAGUGGUGGUAUCGUUCACAUUGUUUAUAAUGAGCAUGGCCCAGAGGCGUCGAUGAAGUUUCUUAACGGAGUGCAACAAGUCGUCAACUACUGGCUUCUUCACAAUGGCUUCAGUAUCGGCAUUGGCGACACGAUUCCUGACAAGGUGACCAUUGAGAAGGUGCAGGUUCAUAUCGAUGAGCACAAGGCUGAGGUCGAGAGAUUCACCCAGCAAGCUACGGCCAACGAGCUUGAGCCUCUGCCCGGUAUGAACAUCCGUGAGACCUUCGAGAGCAAGGUAUCCAAGGCCCUCAACACAGCUCGUGACAAGGCUGGUACCACUACACAGAAGAGUUUGAAGGAUUUGAACAACGCCGUCACUAUGGCCUCGUCGGGUUCCAAGGGCUCUUCUAUCAACAUUUCUCAGAUGACUGCACUUGUCGGACAGCAAAUUGUGGAGGGUAAGCGUAUUCCCUUUGGCUUCAAGUACCGAACGCUGCCCCAUUUCACCAAAGACGACUACUCUCCUGAGGCUCGUGGCUUCGUCGAGAACUCCUACCUUCGUGGUCUCACGCCGAGUGAAUUCUUCUUCCACGCCAUGGCUGGUAGAGAAGGUCUCAUCGAUACCGCUGUCAAGACUGCCGAAACCGGUUACAUUCAGCGUCGUCUAGUCAAGGCUCUUGAAGACGUUAGUGCCAAGUAUGAUGGUACUGUAAGAAAUUCUCUUGGCGAUAUUAUCCAGUUCUUGUAUGGUGAAGAUGGCCUGGAUGCCAUCUAUAUCGAGAAGCAGCGCAUGGAUCACCUCAACAUGUCUGACAAGAAGUUUGCCGACCGGUUCCGCCUUGAUAUCAUGGAUGAGACCAGACCAGAGGAGCUUGAUUGGCUCGAGUAUGGCAAUGAGAUUGCUGGCGACCCUUCUGUCCAGCAGCUUUUGGACGAGGAGUACGAUGCCCUGCUCGUCGAUCGCAAGCAAGUCCGUCAGAUCAACUUCAAGAGGAAGGACGAUGAGUCCAUGCAACUUCCUCUUAAUAUUGUCCGUCUUAUGGAAACUUCAAAGAAGCUUUUCGCGGUCGAAGACUUCCAGAGAAGCGAUUUGAAACCCCAAGACGUUAUUCCUGCAGUACAGGCUAUGCUCAACAGAAUGACCAUUGUCCGUGGCCACGAUGAUAUCUCGAAGGAAGCUGACCGGAACGCCACUAUCCUCUUCAAGGCGCAGAUCCGUUCACGCCUUGCCUUCAAGCGGAUUGCUUGCCACCAGCGCCUGAACAAGAUGGCUUUUGAGCAUGUUCUCGGAGAACUGGAAGCUCGCUGGGACCGAGCUUUCGUUAGCCCUGGUGAGAUGGUCGGUGUCAUUGCGGCGCAGUCUAUUGGUGAGCCCGCUACACAGAUGACGUUGAACACGUUCCACUUUGCUGGUGUAUCUUCCAAGAACGUUACGCUAGGUGUUCCCCGUCUCAAGGAAAUUCUUAACCUGGCCCAGAAUAUCAAGACGCCUUCUAUGGUUGUUUACUUGAGUGGCGAGGACAACGCAAGCCAAGAAGCCGCCAAGGCCCUCCGAAGCGCCGUCGAGCACACCACCUUGCGGUCUGUUACUGCCGUCACCGAGAUCUACUACGACCCUGUCAUUACUUCGACCAACAUUCCUGAUGAUUUGGACAUGGUUGAGUCGUACUAUCUCAUCCCUGAUGAGACCCAUGACAGAGCGGAAGACCAGUCGAGAUGGCUACUCCGUCUCACUCUGGACCGCCAAAAGCUGCUUGAUAAGGAGCUUACUGUUGAGGAUGUCGCCAGGCGCAUCAAAGAAGAGUACCCCAAUGACCUUGCCGUCAUCUUCAGCGAUAACAACGCUGAAGAGCAAGUUAUUCGCAUUCGCCCUAUGCAUGCUGGUAACGACGACAAGGAUGAGGAUGGCGAGAAGAAGAUGGAAGACGAUGUCAUGCUGAAGAGACUCGAGACUCAUUUGCUUGACACCCUCUCCCUUCGUGGUGUCAAGGGUAUUGAGAGAGCUUUCUUGAACAAGGAGACAAAGCUCAUUGAGACUGAUGACGGAGCCCUGCUCGCCGCAAAGGCCGACGAACGGUGCUCAGAGUGGUACCUGGACACAUCCGGUACUGCUCUGCGCCAGGUCCUAUGUGUUGAUGGCGUCGACUCUAGCCGUACCUAUACGAACCACUUGUGGCAGGUUGUCGAGGUCUUCGGUAUAGAAGCGGCGAGGGCAGCCUUGGUCAGAGAAUUGACGCAGGUGUUGGCCUUCGACGGUUCCUACGUCAAUCACAGACAUCUUGCACUACUUUGCGAUGUCAUGACCUAUAGAGGUACGAUCUCUGCGGUUACGCGUCAUGGUAUCAACCGCGCGGACACUGGUGCUCUGAUGCGUUGCUCUUUCGAGGAAACUGUUGAGAUUCUCCUCGAAGCUGCUGCCGUAGGUGAACUUGACGACUGCCGUGGUAUUUCUGAAAACGUCAUGCUCGGUCAGAUGGCUCCAAUGGGAACAGGUCAUUUCGAGGUUCUCCUUGAUCCGAAGAUGCUGGAGACUGUCAUUAGUGACAAUUCACGCAUGGGUCUCAUGCCUGGCAUGCCAGUCAAGGGCGGCGAGGCUGGCGGUGCCGCAACACCGUACGACUCGGGCUCCCCUAUGGCAGACUCUGGGUACAUGUCGCUAAGCUCUCCUGCUGCUGGUAACUUUUCUCCUAUUGUCGGUGCUGGAUCGGACUCUCCCGCUGGGUUUGGCAACACCGAGUAUGGCGGCUUCGGCAACAUUGGUUCUGCCAAUCCAUGGUCAGCCCAAAGUCCUGGACGCCCGACAAGCCCCUUCAGCACCUCGCCAACUUCGCCUUUUAGCAGUGGUUAUGGCGGAUAUUCGCCUUCGUCGCCCAAUGCUGGGUACUCUCCCACAUCGCCACUCAUCGACGGCGCCGGUGGUCGCUAUGCAUCCUCUCCACAGUUCAGCCCUUCGUCGCCGUCGUUCUCGCCAACGUCGCCCAUGUUGCGGCCCACCAGUCCUGCAAGCCCCAACUACAGCCCGACUUCGCCAAGCUACUCGCCGGCUUCUCCCUCCUCUCCAAGGCAUUACUCGCCAACAUCCCCGGCCCAGUAUGCAUCACCGACUUCACCGAGCUACUCGCCUGCCAGCCCUAACUAUAGCCCGGCAUCUCCCAACAUACACGGGGCUGGUCCCACGUCGCCAUCGUACUCUCCUGCAUCCCCGACGUGGUCACCAACUUCGCCGGAAGCGUACUCUCCCACAAGUCCAAGCUUCCAGCGGACUCCUGCGGCGCAGCAGUCUCCGACCAGCCCCAGCUACUCACCAACUUCCCCUUCGUGGUCUCCGAGAACUCCUGGACCUGGUGGCUCUGGAAACUAA